AUGAACAUGGCAGACCACCACCGCGGAAGACCAGUCUUGGUCUCUGACCCAUCUAGAUCCAGCUCGGCCAUCUCUCUGCCACGGUAUAGGUCUUCUGAAACGACUCAGAGGGCAGAGUAUCAUCUCGAAACAGGCAGUGACCCUUCAGUUAAUCUCAUGCCCAAGCCUACGCCGGAAGUCACAACGACCGCAACCUCUUCAGUGGCCGCACGGAAUGCUAGAAGGCCAACAUCUGCUUCGGCAAUCUACCAGCUCUGCUUAGAUAUUCUUCUCACUAUUCCGUCAAUAUGCUUCUUGAUCUACGCGUUCAUGGUAUACAGCAACAACGGCAAGUCGAUAGAUCAGGAUCCUGUACCCGAUCUAGAAACAGCUGCCAAAUACAGUCCAACGAUAUUUCCAAUCGCGUUUGCCGCCGUAAUAGCAAAUCUUCUCAAGGCUACAGCAGCUUGGAAGCUAGAACGGGGCAUUUCCGUCCUCAGCUUGGAAUAUCUCCUCAGCAGUCGUACAGUUUUCAGCACAUUGACAGCCCCCUUUAUUCUACGCACUGUCAACCUUCUUACACCUUUUCUUAUCGUGCUGUGGGCUCUCUCACCUCUUGGUGGUCAAGCAGGCUUGCGCGUGAUGGAUGUGGUACCUUCACAGGCCACAGAGUCGUGGCCAUAUCAAUAUCUUGAGGUCAUGUCACCUUUGUCCCAUCAGGGGUCAUUCUCUCAGUCCGGCAUGAAAGCACUUCCUCCAAUCUUGAGUGCGUUUGUUGGUACGCUGUCGAGCCCGAAAGCAAUCAAAGCGUCUCCACGAGACCUUUUCGGCAACAUCAAGAUCCCGCUGGUCGAGGCUUACCAAAUGACUGGUAAAGAACCAGACCUUGAGGGUUGGUUCAAGGUAAACCAGACUUCCGGUAGCAAUAGCACCGUUUGGUCGUCUGUGGCAGGUGUUCCUGCCACUUGUUUGGGCGGCCUUUCUGAGGGAGCAAACUUCACGUACACGAUGGAAACUUCGUACAUGUACACGAACUGUUCUGUCGGUCAGGUUGCGACGGAAAACCCUUAUACCCUAUUUGAGGAUUACUUGAAAAACAAUACGGGUGGUUAUGACAAUGGCCAUUCGCUCGUCAUCAGGCCAACUAAGAAGAGCCGCACCGAUAUGAAUAUCGCAACACCAGCAGAAUGGACAUUUACAUCAUACACUGCCUUUGGCAUAACCAACGCAACAUGCAAGCUUACAACGACGCAUGUAGAGUUGGAUAUUGCUUGCAGAGGGGCAACCUGUAGUGCAGUUCGGGCGCGACCCUUGCAAAAGGCAAAGAAUAUGACAGUUCUCACCGUCUUGGACAACAUCAGACCGUCCAACGUGCCAGCUGCUAAUCCGAAACUACGGGCGGGCGUGGUCAAUGCUUUCCUAUCAACCUUCAUCAAAGGGCUCAACACGCCAUGGGACGAGGAAGGAAAUUGGCAGAUGCAGCCGUAUUCCUCGCCAAUCGAAUACUUCUUCACGCACCCAGAUACACCAUUUUCAGCAACUAUAGACCCCAAUAGAGAGACUGAAGUACUUCCAGGGUGGCGAGGAGAAGAAAUUUACCCUAUAGGGGAUGUUCUCUUCUCGGAGAGAUUCUCACAACUACUAAAUACCUUCUGGCUUUCCUCGAUAGCGCCCGAGAACAUUACGGGAAACUUCAACUUUGGGGCACCUGAUUACACGCUUGCUUACGAAACCGCUCUAAAUUUUAUCCGUCAGAACGUCACGGGAACAAGGACUCCCGAUGUACUUGUGAUGCAAGUCAACAAGUCUUGGUUGGCUGUGUUGUUUAUUGCCUCUGUUGUAAUGCUUGCGUCAGGCAUCGCAGCAAGCGUUCUGAAUCUUUUUAGGCGAGGUCCUGACAUCUUGGAUCAUCCUACUGGCUUGUUGAGGGACAAUCCACACGUACACAUGGUGCAAUCUACUUCAAUGGAGGAUGCAACUGAACAAAUCAGAAGGAACGGCGGCGUUCGGGUAUGCCUCGGUGAUAUCAAAUCUCACGAGGAUACAGGCUAUCUAGUGGUAGGAUGUAGCGGAGACGUGGCACCUUUAGGACUGCAGCGAAAAGAACGUCGUUUCGAGUAA